AUGGAUCGCGCCGUUACAUUUCACGACCAGAAGCCACGCAGGCCAGGCCAGAUUGUAACAAUGUUUCUUCGCACUUUUGCGGGGGUUUGGGUGAAGGCGAUUGGCAGGUUCGGGUUGAUAUAUCAGGUCCCGCCAUACCAAAGUGCCAAACAAGUCGGUCUGGCCAACGAUCGUGGAUACUGUGGUGUGUCUGUCUACUCGUUUGCGGCACAGCCGCAGCAUCUCAAGUCCACAGGGCAACUGGAUGUAACAGUGCUGGGCCACGUCGAGCGGGUGUGCUGCAAGACGCAGGCUUUCCGUUUGAGAGUGUACGGGCGAGCGUGUGCUGUUUUGGAACCUGACGCUGCAUGUCAGACUUUGGAGCAAACCAAGACGCAGAUGGAGAGCGUGUGUCUAAUGGCCGGUAUGUACGAGUGUACGGAGAAGGGUUCCGUCGGCCAAAGGUGUAAACGUAAAAUACGUGUUGAGGGCGUAUCAGUACGUCCACGUACAAAGGUCCCAUCCGUCUGGUCAGCCACGGCACCAGCUGGCCCUCGAACAGACCAUGACGUCGUAGGCGCGGUACUCAAAUUUGGUCUCACUGCGGAUUUCCCUCUACCAAAACAUUUGUCGGAGGGAAGUGGUUUGGGUGAAAGAGCGAUUAUUCGUGACGGUGACAGCGUAGAAUUUGAGGGGAUUCAUUCAUGGAUGACGUCGACGUAUCUAGAGCAGAGCCGUGCCGCCCCUCUGCAUAUCUUGUCGACGAAUCGGCAGGCAGUAUACGCGGCUUUUCUGGCUACGCUCGUGAACACGGAGAGCAAACCAGAAGAGGCAGUUCAACCCUUUUCCCAACAGAACAUCGGGUACUCUGCGUACCCAAGGAGACCUGGCUGUUCCUCGCCAGUCUUUGAGGUCUGUGAAGCCGCGACGAUUUUGGCGGCGUUCGACCUAGAGACGCCAUGCGCCCGCAACCUGGUCUAUGCUGUCUGUGCCGCCGCGAAACUUCCGGAGGUCAGGCGAGGGUUAGAAGAGCUAGGCAUUGUUGAUGAUGCGACAUCAGAGCUUGUUCGAGCCUUUGCGAAGUCGGAGACUUCGACAGCCUCUCGGCGACCAAACUGUGUCCCUUGGCCGGGAUUUGGUAGACCUGGUAGCAUCAUAGAUUCGGGCCCCUUGGUGAAGCACGGUGUUUCUGGCAAAUCAUCAGGAGAAAAGAAUGAUAUGAUCCCACGCGGAGUAUGGGAAAUGCAAAACACUGAAGAUUAUAUGUGGGAGAGCGGAGAGAAUCUCAAGCAAAGUGGGAUUCUGCGAACGACGGGGAAUAUGAGGAGUCCACGGAACACCCCUAGCCCGGUGGGCUACACCCGCUUGAGCUGUAAAGGGCGAGAUGGGAAGAUGCAAGACACUUCUGAAAUGUCUAUGGACGUCUUCCUGUGGAGGUUCUCAUUUGAUGAAUGUCCGUGGGUGGCAGCGUCGUUGGUGCAACGGUACAACCUAACCUCGUGUGCCGAGUGCUUUCGACAACGUUUGGUUUUACGACUUCGCAACCUCGGCCUUUUCCUUAUUGAGGGUCCCAAGGGGCCCAUCACGCUGCCCAUCCAUACUGUCGGAGCUUGGGGGCGAGUCCCGAGACUUUGGAGCUCACUCGUCCGAGACCGUGGCAUGCCGCAUGAGCAGUGGGCUGUUCAGAGUUCAGAGUGCCUGGCAACCCUGGCCGUCUGGUCUCCAUUUCGAUGGGCAGUCGUCAACGUGGCAGUUGUUCCUCUACUCCGUACACACUUCAAGGGUCCGUUCAGGGUGCCAACAGCACUCGCAUCUUCACUCCUUUGGGAAGCAAGCUUCUGCUGUGUAUUUGCGGUGAUUCGGGUUAUCCGUACGGACGCAGCCAGUCCGGGUCGGCAAGGUGAUGAUGAAAACCAGGAUUCAAUCGUCAACCGCCAGAACUCAGGCUUUGGGAGCAGCGGUGAGGCCGAGGUUCACAACGCUCACCACAACGAUUAA